CUCUCCCUACGUCCGGAAAGAGCACUUUGUUGGCAGCGAUGAUGGGCAUGGCGACCAAGUAUUUGCUCCUCAUUGCUUUGGCUGCCAUAUCGGCAGUGGCCAUGGCGACGGCCACGCGUGGCGACUGUGAGGAGGGAUACGACUGCCCCGUCGACGGUAGGUACCUAAUGGUUGGCUCCGAGGGAGGUAGAUCUAGGGCACACCCAUCACUCCUGGCUCAUAUGUGGCUGUCCUACCUGCUGCUGUGUGCAGGGGGGUCGUUUGUGGACCGCACCGGCGAGAUCUCCGGCAUGGCUGCGGGCAACACAGGUGCGGCCGGGAUGGGAUGGGAUGGGCGGAUGCGAUGGAUGGUUGGAUCUGUCCAUCUCCCGUGUGUGUGGGGUGGUGCGGUGCUGUGUGUGCAGGGGCGGUGUCGGAGGGCUCUGGGGUGGCAUUUGUGCAGCAGCAGGUGCAGCAGGCCAAGACCAUGAUGGUGGCGGCCAACAAGAUGAGCCAGGCGACCAAACAGAUGGCCGCGAGCGUCGAGGAGAUGGCCGCGAGCGCCCUCGACGCCAUCCACACCGCCGAGCAGCAGAUGCAGGCCAUCACCAAGGGGCAGGGAUGCCACACUGAUGGGGGUAAGCAAUGCGCGGGGGCGGGCAAUACGCAUACAGAUACAUACAGACAUACAUGUGUCUGUCUGUCGUGCGCGGUGUGGGUAAGCUUCGAAGAAGACUUGUAGCGAUUUCAACGACCGGUGUAAGUGUCAGAAUAGGGGGGAGAGAGUCGGGGAGAAUGGUGAAGAGAGGAUCUGCCGGGCGGUCAGUCCCGGAUAAAGGAUUAAGUCAAUGCAACGUAAGGUCUGUGGAUUUUGUGGAGAGUCCAUGUAGGACAUGUAGUAUGCGUCAGUCCAUUCUGUCUGACGUCCUGUCCGCCAUGGCCUGUC